GUUUUCAAAAUGGCGGCCAGUAGUGGAGGGUUAAGAAAAGCUCUUUUUCGAUCGCCUCCUACCGUAGAAACACCCUCCAAAAACCCAGAGGCGCUUGAGAGUCUUUUAAACAAGAUACAAGUAGACAUUGAAGUGGAUAAUAAUCUUAAUUCACUUAAACGAGAAAUGCAUGAGCAAAGAAUGGCAAAACUACGGCAAGAGUUGGAACACAUCAGUCAGGACCAGUGGAAAUACAAACCUAUUGAUCAACUGAUUGGAUUCUGAUUUCAAAUACUUCCAUAUAUUCAAUGCAGUUCUGCACGUCAAUUCAUAUACAGUUCAAUAGAUGAUUUCCCUGUUUUCCGCAAGUUGAAAAUUCAAGAGGAAAGUGUUUGCACGGGCCUGUCUACAAACACGAUACCUUAAGACAAUACCACUUUUUAUAUUGUAGUUUAUUUUUAUUGAUUCUUUUUUGUAUUUUCAUUUUAUAUUUUUCAAGUAUUUCUUCUCAUAUGCACUGUGUAUAAUUAUGUAUAUGGCUAUCAAGAGAUCAAAAUGUACACUUUGAUGACAUUUGAUUGAGAACUUUGUAAAUAAAAUUAUGGAAGACUUAUAAAACAAUAUUUUACUGAA